AUGUCUAAUGGUUAUGAAGAUCACAUGGCCGAAGAUUGCAGGGAUGAUAUUGGUAGAACAAAUUUAAUUGUGAACUACCUCCCUCAGAACAUGACGCAAGAUGAGUUACGGAGUCUAUUUAGCAGUAUUGGUGAAGUUGAAUCUGCAAAACUUAUUCGGGACAAAGUUGCAGGACACAGCUUAGGCUAUGGCUUUGUGAACUACGUUACUGCAAAAGAUGCUGAAAGAGCAAUAAACACACUGAAUGGCCUCAGACUUCAGUCAAAAACUAUCAAGGUUUCCUAUGCUCGUCCAAGUUCUGAAGUUAUCAAGGAUGCUAAUUUAUAUAUUAGUGGACUACCAAGGUCAAUGACACAAAAAGAUGUAGAAGAUAUGUUUUCACGUUUUGGACGCAUCAUCAACUCACGUGUACUUGUGGAUCAAACUACAGGUUUGUCCAGAGGGGUCGCAUUUAUCCGGUUUGACAAAAGGUCAGAAGCAGAAGAGGCAAUUACAAAUUUCAAUGGUCACAAACCCCCAGGUUCCUCCGAACCCAUUACAGUGAAGUUUGCAGCCAAUCCUAACCAGAACAAAAAUGUGGCACUGUUAUCGCAGCUGUGUCAUUCACCAGCUAGACGGUUUGGAGGGCCAGUGCAUCACCAGGCGCAAAGAUUCAGUAGUGUUUCCCUGUUGAACAUACUCUUUUUUUCUUUUUCUCCUCUGAGUUUAUUUGCUAGGUUCUCUCCUAUGGGUGUAGAUCACAUGAGUGGGCUUUCUGGUGUAAAUGUUCCAGGAAACGCAUCUUCUGGCUGGUGUAUCUUCAUCUACAACCUUGGUCAAGAUGCUGAUGAGGGAAUCCUCUGGCAGAUGUUUGGCCCCUUUGGUGCGGUUACCAAUGUGAAAGUUAUUCGAGAUUUCAACACCAACAAGUGCAAAGGUUUUGGUUUUGUGACCAUGACAAACUAUGAAGAAGCUGCAAUGGCCAUAGCAAGUCUUAAUGGCUACCGCCUGGGGGACAAAAUCUUACAGGUUUCCUUCAAAACCAACAAGUCCCACAAAUAACUUGCUCGUGCUUUUUGUAUGGAAUAGAUAAUUGAGUGACAGAAGUUGAAACAUUUUUGUUAGUGUAAAACUCAUUUUGCGCCAAUUUUCACAAGUGUUUGUCUUAGUCUAAAUGAGAAGUGAAAAAGGUUUUAUAUUCUGGGAUGCAACUGACAUGUUCAAAUGUUUGAAAUCCCACAAUGUUAGACCAAUUUUAAGUUUCUUUAAGUUAUUUCAUUUAAAACAUGUUAAAUCCCCUGAGAUCUUAAGUAGAUUGCAUUAACUAGACCCUCUGGAUGGUGGUAAAAUUCAAGCAUGCUUUCACUUAUGAGACUAACAUUUGUUCCAUUGAAUGUUGUCUGCAAAAAACUGGAAUUUUCUGAAAAAUAUCAGCCUGAAUUCAUUAAUUUUCUUGGGUUUUUUAUGUUGUUGUUUUUCCUACCCAUUCCCCUGACCUUCUCUACCCCAGACUCGGUAGUAUGGAAGGAAAGUUGAGAAAUACUAAUAUUUUAGUUGACAGUAAAUUGUUUGAUCAAUUAAUAUUCAUUACUACGUAUAUAGUUGAGGAUUAGGCUUUUUAAAGUCAAGGUCUUGUAAGUAGUAGCAUGCCAGCAUAACUUUUAACACCAUUGAUGAGGUAAGUUGCACAAUGAGCAGUGGCCAAGCUGUCAAAUUCAAAGGUUUUAGAAACAUUACUUUUAAAGCCCACUUUCUAAUAGGAAUGGACCAAAGAGUUUCAAAGAAACUCCGGGAAGAUUUCAGAGUCAAAAUGAAACUCCAAAAAGAGCGUGAAUAUAUGUUGCUACUUUAUCAAACUGAAUCUCUUCUGUCCAAAUACUUAAUGCAUGGUGCACUACUUACUGGUACAUUAUAAUGCAGCAAGAUACUUACGCAUUUUCAAAGAUCAUUAUAGUUUGAAUUCCUUUGGUAGUUCUAUUUUGUAAAGAAAAAACAGUUAUAAACAUUUGAGCAUUGUAUUUCUCGCAUCCCUUCUAAUGAGUGCUAGACUUUUCUAUUUUAAUAGGAUUUUGUUUUGACAACUAGCUUUACUUAUUGAACACUCAGCAGAAAAGUACUUACUACUUGCAAGUUAGAUAUUAACAAAAAAACCCUUUGAUUUGUAGAUUUAAAGAUUAAUCCCCCAAGUUUUCUGCAGACUGCCUUGAAACUUUGAGUUGUUCUGUUUGUUAAUUUUCUUUUGCUUUUUUGUGUUUUUUGUUUGUUUUUACUUUUGCAUUUAAGAACAUUAAAUUUGAUUUUGUUUUGC